CGCGCUCCCACAGCCCGAGCGCUGCUCAGCUGACCCUCGGGCGCCAGACGCCGCGGCUCCUGGCUCGCGAGUGCAGCUGCGGCGGCGCGAGCCUCUCUCGCCGACACUCCCCCUGCGCGCCCCUCCCCCAGCGGGGCCGGGAUCCGGACGGGCCGCGCGCGAGCCCGCGGCCGCUUUCCCGGAGCCGAGCGAGGACCAGGCUGCGGUGGCGAGCGGCGGCUGCGCGGCCAUGGGCGCGCCAGGGUCGCCCUAGGACUGGCGUGGAGACCGCAGCGGGAGCGACGACGGCAGCCUCCACUGCUAGCCUUCCUCAACGAGCCUUUCCCCGCGGCGGCGGCGACGGCGGCCGCCCGAGUAGCGCGGCCGGGAUGAGCGGGAGCGGCGCGGCGCCCGGCCCGGGCUCGGGCUCGGGCUCGGGCUCGGGCUCCGGCUCCGGCUCCGGCUCCUCCUCGGCAGCCUGCCGCUUCGCGCACUACUUCGUGCUGUGCGGGAUCGACGCAGACAGCGGGCUGGAGCCCGACGAGCUGGCGGUUUUGUACCAAUGGCUAGAAGCAGAUCGUCAUGGCAAGAGCCAAGAAGCUACAAAUACGACUUCAGGUGAAAAUUUUGACCAGAGUCCUUUGAGAAGAACAUUCAAAUCCAAAGUUCUGGCUCACUAUCCUCAGAAUAUAGAAUGGAAUCCCUUUGAUCAAGAUGCAGUGAAUAUGUUAUGCAUGCCUAAAGGGCUGUCAUUCAGAACCCAAACUGACAAUAAAGAUCCUCAGUUUCACUCAUUUAUAAUUACCCGGGAAGAUGGUUCUCGCACCUACGGUUUUGUUCUCACUUUUUAUGAAGAAGUUACAAGUAAGCAAAUCUGCACAGCAAUGCAGACUCUCUACCAGAUGCACAACGCUGAGCAUUACAGCAGUGUUUAUGCUUCAUCCUCAUGCAGCAUGGACUCACUGGCAAGCAGUAUUGAUGAAGGCGAUACAACUUCCCUUUUGAAACUCCAGCGAUACAACUCCUAUGAUAUCAAUAGAGAUACCCUGUAUGUUUCAAAAAGUAUAUGCUUGAUCACACCACUACCUUUCAUGCAGGCCUGCAAGAAAUUCCUCAUCCAACUUUACAAGGCAGUUACCUCUCAGCAGCCACCACCCUUGCCGCUUGAGAGCUACAUUCAUAAUAUUCUUUAUGAAGUACCCCUUCCACCUCCAGGGAGAUCACUGAAGUUUUAUGGUGUUUAUGAACCUGUCAUCUGCCAGAGGCCUGGACCCAAUGAACUCCCUCUCUCUGACUACCCUCUUCGAGAGGCUUUUGAGCUCCUGGGAUUAGAGAACCUGGUGCAGGUGUUUACCUGUGUUCUUUUAGAAAUGCAGAUCCUCCUCUACUCACAAGAUUAUCAACGCCUGAUGACUGUGGCAGAAGGCAUCACCACACUUUUGUUCCCAUUUCAGUGGCAGCAUGUUUAUGUGCCCAUCCUCCCUGCUUCUCUGCUACAUUUUCUUGAUGCUCCUGUACCUUAUCUGAUGGGUCUUCAGUCAAAGGAAGGAACCGACCGUUCUAAACUAGAACUUCCUCAAGAGGCUAAUUUGUGCUUUGUGGACAUUGACAACCAUUUUAUUGAAUUGCCCGAAGAAUUUCCACAGUUCCCCAAUAAAAUAGAUUUUAUCCAGGAGCUCUCUGAAGUUCUUCUUCAAUUUGGGAUUCCUCCAGAGGGCAACCUACAUUGUAGUGAGAGUGCCACCAAACUGAAGAAUCUGGUUCUGAAAGAUUUGGUCAAUGACAAGAAGAAUGGCAAUGUCUCCACUAAUAACAUCAGCAUGUAUGAGUUAUUGAAAGGCAAUGAAACCAUAGCCCGCCUGCAGGCUUUGGCCAAAAGGACUGGUGUGACUGUGGAAAAAAUGGACCUGUCAGCUUCUCUGGGUGAAAAAGAAAAGGAUUUAAAACUGCAGUGUGAAGAGGCAGAACUAAGGGACUACCAGCUAAAUGUACAGCUGAGAGAGGUCUUUGCCAACCGCUUUACACAGAUGUUUGCUGAUUAUGAAGCAUUUGUGAUUCAAACUGCCCAGGACAUGGAAUCCUGGCUGACCAACCGGGAACAGAUGCAGAACUUUGACAAAGCUUCUUUCCUAUCUGAUCAACCUGAGCCUUAUCUGCCAUUUCUUUCACGCUUCAUUGAAACACAGAUGUUUGCCACCUUUAUUGAUAACAAAAUUAUGUCUCAGUGGGAAGAGAAGGAUCCUUUGCUUCGGGUCUUUGAUUCUCGGAUUGAAAAGAUAAGAUUGUAUAAUGUAAGGGCACCUACCUUACGGACAUCUAUAUAUCAGAAAUGCAGCACUUUAAAAGAAGCAGCCCAAUCAAUUGAGCAAAGACUGAUGAAAAUGGAUCACACUGCAAUUCACCCACAUCUACUUGAUAUGAAAAUUGGUCAAGGCAAAUAUGAGCAAGGGUUCUUUCCAAAGUUACAGUCUGAUGUCUUAGCAACAGGACCAACCAAUAACAAUCGCUGGGUAAGUCGGAGUGCCACCACACAGCGCAGGAAAGAGCGCCUUCGCCAGCAUUCUGAGCACAUUGGAUUGGACAACGACUUGAGGGAGCCUUCCGGGGAACUUUUGGUCUGUCAGAACUCCAUGGCAUUCUGGGAGUGGGAUCAGGGCCCACCUCCUCCUGCACGGCUUCCUAAAAAGUCCUUCUCUGAGUGCUGCCUGAAAUACAUGCAAGAGGCAAGAAGUUUAGGAAAAAACCUAAGGCAGCCCAAGUUGUCAGAUCUCUCUCCUGCAGUGAUUGCACAGACCAACUGGAAAUUUGUAGAAGGCUUAUUAAAAGAAUGUAGAAUGAAGACAAAACGUAUGUUGGUAGAGAAGAUGGGACAUGAAGCAGUGGAGCUGGGCCAUGGAGAAGCAAACAUCACUGGCUUGGAGGAGAACACCUUAAUUGCCAGCCUCUGUGACCUGCUGGAGAGGAUAUGGAGCCAUGGCUUGCAGGUCAAACAGGGGAAGUCAGCUUUGUGGUCACAUUUAAUUCAAUUUCAAGACAGAGAAGAAAAACAAGAGCACCUUGCAGAAUCACCAGUUGCCCUUGGACCAGAAAGAAGAAAAUCUGACUCAGGAGUUAUGUUACCAACACUCAGGGUCUCUCUUAUCCAAGAUAUGAGGCAUAUUCAGAACAUGAGUGAGAUCAAGACUGAUGUCGGACGAGCUCGGGCAUGGAUAAGAUUAUCUCUAGAGAAGAAGCUUUUGUCCCAGCAUCUCAAGCAGUUGCUCUCUAACCAACCACUUACCAAGAAGCUUUAUAAGCGUUAUGCUUUUCUACGUUGUGAAGAAGAAAGAGAGCAGUUUCUUUACCAUCUUCUUUCCCUCAAUGCUGUGGACUAUUUUUGCUUCACCAGUGUGUUCACCACUAUCAUGAUUCCAUACAGGUCAGUGAUCAUCCCCAUCAAAAAGCUGAGCAAUGCAAUCAUCACUUCAAACCCCUGGAUCUGUGUAUCAGGAGAGCUUGGAGACACAGGAAUAAUGCAGAUUCCCAAAAAUCUCCUUGAGAUGACUUUUGAGUGCCAGAACUUGGGGAAGCUCACCACUGUUCAGAUUGGUCAUGAUAACUCAGGACUAUUAGCCAAAUGGCUAGUGGAUUGUGUCAUGGUCAGAAAUGAAAUCACAGGACAUACAUAUAGAUUCCCAUGUGGGCGUUGGCUAGGGAAAGGCAUUGAUGAUGGGAGCCUGGAGAGAAUUCUUAUUGGAGAAUUGAUGACAUCAGCAUCAGAUGAGGAUCUGGUAAAGCAGUGUCGGACUCCACCCCAGCAGAAAUCACCCACCACAGCUAGAAGACUGAGCAUCACUUCACUAACAGGAAAAACUGCCAAACCCAAUGCUGGACAGAUUCAAGAAGGAAUUGGAGAAGCUGUGAACAAUAUUGUGAAACAUUUUCAUAAACCUGAAAAAGAGAGAGGAAGCCUUACAGUUUUGCUUUGUGGAGAAAAUGGCCUGGUUGCUGCACUUGAACAAGUUUUCCACCAUGGGUUCAAAUCCGCCCGCAUCUUUCACAAGAAUGUCUUCAUCUGGGACUUCGUAGAGAAAGCGGUUACCUAUUUUGAAACCCCAGACCAGAUUCUGGACAAUGAAGAUGAUGUCCUUAUCCACAAAUCAUCCUGCAAAACGUUCUGCCAUUAUGUAAAUGCUAUUAAUACUGCACCCAGAAACAUUGGGAAGGAUGGCAAAUUCCAGAUUUUAGUUUGCCUUGGAACACGAGAUCACCUGCUGCCUCAGUGGAUUCCAUUGUUAGCUGAGUGUCCUGCCAUCACUCGAAUGUACGAGGAGAGUGCCCUUCUGCGAGACCGCAUGACCGUCAACUCCCUCAUCCGAAUUCUACAGACCAUUCAGGACUUCACCAUAGUCUUGGAAGGAUCGCUCAUCAAAGGAGUGGAUGUGUAAACCAACUGUCCAGAAAUUCUCAAUCCAAACCUCUGACUUCUGAACCUUCCCCAUCUGUGGGGACAGACUGGGACUUGUCUGACAGUAGUGAGUCACUGCAGGGGGCAACCCAGCGUAUGUCCCAAUUUGAAGGAUCUUCACUCUGCAGACAAGGCAAAAUGCCGUAUUGUAGUUCAUUUGAACCUGGAAUUUAGUAUAAAAUAGAAUAUUUUCAUGUGUUAGAUGUGUGUAAAUAUGCUAUCUUCUUUAAGAAAUUAUAUUACUCUAAUAAGAUACUUUUCUUAGAUUGAAUAUUCCUGUGACUUAAAAUAAGUAGUUUGAAAAUGUUGGGGACUAGGGGGAAGCGUGGUGCUAGUCAGGAAGAAGCCAGUAAACUAUGUAAAUAUGGUGCAACCCAGUUGGGCUUUUUUUUUUUUUCUCUCCUGUAGGUAUCACAAAGGAACCCAGAGGACAUUGUAUGUAGUAGCAUCCAUCCUGUGUUGACCCUUUGUAUAGUGAAUGUAUGCAGUUUUACCUACUGUGGGAUAGUCCUCACUUGUAUCUUUUAAGUUAUAAACCGCUUUAUGCAUUUGAAUUGAGUCACUUUUCCAGCCUUUUAGGGGAAAAAAAUUUAGUUGGCACAAGGUAAAGAUAUAAUUCAAGCAUUUCCUUUUCUCUUAUUUUUCCUGGUAUUGGGGAUUGAAUCCAGGGGCACAUUUCCUCUCAUCCACAUCCCCAACACUUUGUAUUUUUUAUUUGAGAAGUUCUUACUAAAUUGUUGAGGCCAGUCUUGAAAUUUUGUUCCUCCCGCCUCAGCUUCCUGAGUCCCUUGUAUUACAGAUAUGCCCCCCGCCCCCACCCCUACCCAGUUAAUUCAAGUAUUUUAAAUACCAGACCCCAGGAGCUUGACUGAACUGGAAAGAACACAGGAAGCCCUGAGAAGUGUGUUAAAAUUAUGGGAUUAUAACUUCUUUGCACUUUGGAAAGAUUAGACUAGACUGACUUCAUUCUUGGCAUUUUUAUUCUUGUUAUUUGAGGUACUUUAGGGAGAUAUGAAUUUCAAAGUGUUAGCCUCAUAGUUAUAAGAACUACAAAUAGCAACUUGAUUCCACACUUUAAUUUGACCAUCUAAAUUUUGCAGUGGUCCUUUACCUCUUAAGGAUAGCCAGCUCUGUUAGGUUCCAACCACCCCCCUCUGCAUGCCCAUCCCCCUUCAGGAAAUGGAAGGAAUGUCUAAGAAGGAGGAGGGCUCUGGGUGGCUUGGAAUGUUUUUGUGAAAGUAUUUGUUGACCAUGAUAAUGCAAAUAACAGAAGGGGAGAAAAAGAAUGAACCCUUUCUGGGUGUUUCAGGGCAAGCUUUAUGUUCCUUUGUAAGAAGGGGUAAUAAAGUAAAACAACUGGCCCAGAGAAGUUUGAAGCCACUGCAGCACAGGCUGACAAAAUGGAAAUGAAACAAGAAACAAGAGGCAGCAGUUUUGAAAGACCAGACUUGUAACUUUCCAAUUCGAUAGUUUAUAAAGAAGUUAAGUAAACAUACUGUUAGCUAGUUACCUUAAGUCUUCAUCUUCUGGUAGGUCGCCUAAUUCUAAUUAGGGAUUGGCACAUUGUUAACAGUGUGUUUGCCUCAGCAGACCUCCAGGUUUUAUUCCCAACUGUGGCUGCAAAGCCAAACCAUGGCUUCUUAGGAUCCUUGUGCAACCUGAAGGUCCUGGGCUCUAGCCAACAGUGUUGUUUCCCUUAUUUCCUGGAGGAAGAAAUUAGUGAAACAAGUGCCUCACUUCCUUUAUCAAACACUGUAUGCAGCUAAGAAACAGCCCUUUUUUGGCACGUGGCUUUAUACUUGAAGAACAGGGUCAUUGGAGGCUUCACAUGAAACCUAUGCAAAGGGCUUAAGAAGGUGGGUUCUGGGUGACCUCGGUAGAACAGAAGUUGGUUUACUUUAAACUGUAUCUACAAUGGCUUGGCUAUCCUAGGGAUACAGGAAGUCUGUUAUUAAAGACAUCCAUAACCUGUUUCACCUGGUCUCCUACCUUAGUGAUCAGAAACUAUAGGUGGCCCAAUCCAGGGUUUCAUUCUUAUUACCUUUUCCAUAAGACCAUGCUUCUGACCAUUCUGAGCAACCAGAAACUUUAUUAAUAUUUCUUUUGACAUAUUGCCCUUAAGUUAUUAGAAAUUAUGUCUGUUAACAAAACCAGUAAUAAAGAUGCAUUUGGGGCCUGUGGAUAAAAAAGUAGUACCAAAAGUAAUAAUAUCUUAUAUACUCACGCAUACACACACAAAUUAUGGAAGUUAAGGAUAAAGUUUCAUCCCACUUUGUAUAGUAUAACUGCAACAAAAUUACUAUAAUUCCAGCUUUUCAGGAAGUCGAGGCAGGAGAAUGGCAAGUUUGAGGCCAGCCUGGGUGAUUUAGCAAGUCCCUAUCUCAGAAAAACAAUAAAUAAAUAAAGGACUAGGGAUAUAGCUCAGUGGUUGAGUGUCCAUGGACUCAAUCCCUAGUACCAAAGGAAAAAAGAAAGAAAAUGAGAGAAGGGUGAGGGGAGAACCAGUUAAAAUAACAUACAUCCUCUCAGCUAGGCCCUGUAGUCACCUCUGGCACCUGUGCUUGUCCCUGUGACACAGCCCCUCUGCACACAUUUGGGCCACUUGUGAUCUACUUGAAUGGCCCACAGCCCACUGUUUUGACUAGACCAGUGGAUAGCCUUUCAGAAUAAAUUAAUAAUAAGGAACAGCAUAAAAUCCCUAGGAUCCAAGUUUGAUGAAUAAAAAGAAUGCUUCAGCUAAUGAAGUCAUCUAGUACAAUUAUAAAGAAAUAAAAGUCAUAUGGCUUAUGACUGUCUGUGAGUUAAUCCCAAAAUGUUUUUGAACAUACCAGUGAGCAGAACCUUUUCACAUGGACUUUUUGGGGGUUUUCUGUACGAGGGAUUGAACUCAGAGCUACUUACUUUACUACCAAGCUACAUCCCCAGGACUUUUUUUAUUUUUUAUUUUAAGGCAGGAUCUCACUAAGUUGUUCGAAGCUGAGCUAAAUCGUUUUGAGAUCCUCCUGCCUCAGCCCCUGGAAUUGCUGGGAUUACAGGCGUGCCCCACUUCUCCCUCUCACCCUGACUUUUGGAAGGACCAUAACUACUUAGAGAUAUCCUUUGUGCUAUGUUAAUUUUUUUAAAUAUUUUUAAUUGUAGAUGCACACAAUACCGUUAUUUUACUUAUUUUUAUGUGGUGCUGAGGACUGAACCUGGUACCUCACGUGUGCUAGGCAAGUACUCUACCACUGAGC